GCAGCUGAACAUGUCAGAAUAAGUUGAAGGCUGCCUGCACUCUACACCCAGCUUUGGCUGCUCCCAUUUCUCAUCUUGAUGAAUAUUGAACACACUGGAAGGAAUAUCGAUAUCAAUAAACCAUCGCCCACAAGCAAGACAUCUCUAAUCCAACCACGGACUCGGCUUGCUAAAGUUGUCCGGCUUCUCUCCUUCUCCAGAUCCCAGAACUUGGGCCCGAGCCAACGAGCAGACGAAGCGCCACAUUCAACAAGGGGCAGGGCGAGAUUUGAUUUGCUCAGAGCACUCAGAACCAUCGUCUGCCUUUCAUUUCCCUCUACAGUGGAUUUGAGGCCCGGAACCUGAGCGACACCCACUGGACAGCCACAUAGGUAGCUUUCCAUCGGUUCCUGCCCGGAAUCUCAUCGUCUUUUCCUUUCGACGAGUUCUUUUCCUGACAACCAUCUAAUUCACUCAUUUCCAUAUCAUUGAUUGAUAUACCUCCCUCUUCAAUUCGUUUCACGGACUCAAUACGAACCGGAAUCGGGCCAAGACUGGCAGUCCCUUGUCUCCCUUCCCCUGAAAUUGUGCCCUUCCCGUCUGACUGUGACCGUGUCAGUCUGCCGCUGCGACGCUACACACGGCGGUAUCUUAUUACUGGUCUGGUUACCAAGAAGUACAGCACGGCCAUCGCUUCCCAUUCGUUGCAGCGCUCAUUGGGUUGGCAGUGGCUUUCAUUCAGCACACAACUGCCACUUGUUCUUCCUCAUUACAGCCGCGCGCAUUUGUACUGUAUCUUGCACACGAGUUGCACGAGCGGGCUAUUGUUAUUGUUAUUUUAUUUCCUCGACCACGUUUAUCGACUUGGGCUCCUCGCAACUUUGUUCACGCCGCAAUAUCCACUAUCUCGCACAUACUGAACCUAAGGCUCUGUGUGUGCCCGUUGAAAUAGGUCCCUGGUCUAGAACUGAACUAGACUGGACUGCCCCCUGCAUUUUCCCCCUUCUCUCACCAGCGCAUCCCGCUCAUCCAUCCCAUCCACUCAAUCUGUCCGUCUCUUCCCAUUUCAAACCGUCCGUUCAAUUCAAUUCAAUCAUUUCCACCCUCUCCUUCUUUUCUUCCUUUCCCUCCCACUGAAUCCACUCACCUGAGAUAAUAUUCUAUCGCAACCACAGGCUUGGGUCAUUCCACUCCUUUCUUUUCCAUCUUCUAUUAUUACCUACCUAUUUCCUUGUCAUUCGACUUUCCUCCUCUGUCGCGACCUCCCGCUCGUCUUACGCCAACCGAAAUCCUACAAACGAUCGACACUGUUUCCCUUCGCUUGGCUCUGCACAGCACAGCAACGAACCCAUCGAUUCCGACACAGCUCUUCGCCUUUACAUCGUUCUUCUUCCGACGAAUGCUCCGGUAGCAAUCGACUCUGCUUACGCCUGUUUGUCAACCGGCCAUCACCAACGAAGAAAGCGCGUGCCCUCACUCUAGCAUAAGCCUCGAUCGCCAGCUCGUUCGACACCGUUGUUCCUUAUGCCAUCGUAUUCUCUCAACUCUCCCUCGCUUCAGAAAAUGGAUCACUCGAGAAUGUAUGGCCAGCGCAAGGGCAUUCAGAUGAGCAACAUCCUCGGCGACCCCUUCGCCCUGGCCACGCUCUCUAUUAGCACGCUCGCCUGGUUUAUCACCUUUGUCUCUUGUAUUAUUGGACGGAUACAACAAAAUAGCGAUGCCGACCUUGCUAAGAACGACCCUUUCCCAACUUUCGUGUGGUGGAGCUGCAUCUACUGCCUAUGCCUCAUUGUUGGCGUCUUCGUCGUCAUUGGAAGCGACGCAGUUCACACCUACCACGUUGCUGUGACUGGUUAUCUCGCAGCAGGAAUUGUUCUUGUUUCAUCUGGAAUUAACCAGCUCCUUUACUCCAACAGCGGUGCCCGUGAGGCUGCCUCUGCUGGCUUCAUUCUGCUGGCUAUGGUUAUCGUUAUUUGGACGUUUUACUUUGGAUCCAGCCCCUCUUCAACUCCUCGAGCUUUCCUUGACUCAUUCGCCCUUGCCAAGGAAUCCACUACGAUUCAUCGAUCUACUAUGAACGCCUACGGUGGCCGCCCCGAGACAUCCAACUCGGUCCAACCCCCUCAGAUGUAUACAUCUGCUCAGCUUAAUGGUUUUGAGAACCCCUCGCCUGUGGGAGGUAUCUCGCAAGUCGGAGGGGCACGUGGAUCAGCAGUUCCCCAAAGCUUUACCAACUCAGUCAUGCAACAACAACAACCACCACAAGCCAAGCUAAACAACUCUCCUGGCAACGACACCGAGGUCGUGCCACCCACUGAAUACCCCUAUAGGGCCAAGGCCAUCUACAGCUACGAGGCCAACCCGGAUGACGCCAAUGAAAUUUCAUUCUCCAAGCACGAGAUACUCGAGGUGUCGGAUGUUAGCGGAAGGUGGUGGCAAGCGCGUAAAGAGAGCGGUGAGACGGGUAUUGCGCCCAGCAACUACCUCAUCCUGUUAUGAGCAACGAUCCAUGCAUGGAUUCCCUGGGAUACCCGUUCGGCGAUGUGCGAUAUAUCGCCCGUCGAACACCGUCAGACCCACGUACGGGCUGCUCGUUCAUUAUUUGUCGCAUUUUAACGUUUUUAGAGUUACGACUCGGCGAUUUGGUUUCUUCACUGGGAUGGGAAAUAUGUUGGAUGGAGUAUAUUUGGGACGAAAAACCCCCUUGUGUUAUACCUCGGACCACGGCGCCUGCAAUUAGGCUGUCCUUUUUCACUUUGGAUGUCUUCUUUUCUACUGUCCUCACUUACUAUUGUUCUUCGCUUUAUCUAUUACCCUCGGGAACACCGCGAUAUUUGAUUCGAAUAAGGUUUCUCACCCUCCGGCGAAGUGGCAUAACGCCCGGUGUGGCUGUGGGCCUCAGUUCACGAGGAAACGUGCUCGUAGACCUGCGAGCAGGCUGGGCUUUGUGUGGAAGGGGUUGUAUUUUGUCAAUGGGUCUGGGUUGGCCAGGUGCAGAUAUGAACAGUACCAAGCAAGCUGUAGUUACAACGACAAGGGAUAGGGUAUCCCUUGGACCUAGUGAACACGAUGAUUAUUGGAAUGCAAGCUGAAUCCUCGAGUUGAUCAAUUGUGAGGUUGGGCUGAGUCUAAAUUUAGGAUCUGCAACUGGCGGGACCAUCCAAGAGCCAUUGAGACCAAUGCAUGUGUUGUUAAGGUUUUACUCAGGAACGCGUGGCACGUUCUUUGGAAGAAUGGGGUAUCAAUAACAUGUCGAAUCUAGCCUACAUGAGACUAGACAACGUGCCGUUAUGGGGCAUGGGUUGUGUUCAGAUUUUUAGCAAACACAGAGCAAGAUGAACUCAGCAUAUAAUCCUCCGGCUGGGUUCCGUAUUUGUCGCUGAGGAGGAUUGGCAUGGUUCGAUAGGAAGCCAGCUUAUGUUCGGUGCUGAUCUCGCCUGGCUUGCUCAUUGAUCGGUACAACUUCACGUCUCAGCCUCUCUGGCAAGAUGUGUCGCCAUGGAGGUUUCGUUGCAUCAAAGGGCCUUCAGCAUAUUGCCUCCGUUGAGUUGUUUCUCCGUUUGUCGUUCAGUGCGGGUUCGUUUCCGCCUUCACUUCUCAUCCCUCCAGUCUCUUCCUGAGCUCCCUCUCUUUCUGCAACACCUCCAGCUCCAAUCUCUCGACCCCAUAGCGCAGAGCCUCCUUGCGCUGCCGAACUGCUCGCGCGCGGAGCUUCUCUUCUGCAGUCAGCUUACGACUCCCGGUUCGCUGCUUCUUAGACUUUCCACCGUAAUUGUCGUAAUCAUCAUCUGGGCGGGAUAAACGACCCUGCUGAAGCUCUGCGCGAGCUUUUAGUGUUUCGAUGCGACGCUCCUGACGCUCGAUCUGGGAGUCUGCGCGUGCGAGAAGGAGAGCGAUAUAUGGUCCGAUUUCGUCACGUAAUGAGGCCUCAGCUGCAGCGAGAGUGGGUUGUGGAAUGAGUUCGUAGUGCUGCGAGGUGUUAGUAAAAGCAGCGUAAGGUCGAGUGGAGAGACUUACGCGGACGGUCUUAAGGACGUUGACUAGACGGGGGAAAUCGGAUACGCCAUUAUCAAGAGUCGCAACGGAAGAUUCGAGGAAUUUGAGGGAGUUGCGGAGAGAAGAGACGCAAUCGGAGUAUGUCGAAAGGUUGCUGGCGGCCAUGAUGACUACCGCGGGGUAGGCUGUUAAGACGAAUAUAUGUGUUACAGUACAGUCCUAUUUCCAAUGGCUUAUUGAGUCGCUGGGGGGCAUAAGUUCUGGGUGCUUGUCCUUGAAUUAGUCAUGCGCCGGGUAUCAAAAGCGGCUUUGGAUUGUUUUGAUUCGCCUCGAUGAUGCGGAGCGUGAAAGUUGAUAAACAAUGACGAUGACGCACGGACCAAUCGCUUAAUCGUCUUCAAUUGCUGUCCCGAGCUUCCUCCGACUUAUAGAUUCAACCUCAUCAUAUCAAGGCAGUUCAAGAUUGGUUUGCAUUAAUUUCAAUAAAGGUUCUUCAACUUUCUCGUUGGGAUCAGAGACUGGGACUAAGUGGGGGGGUAUGAUCUCAUGUAUGGAUGAAAUCUUCGUAAUGAAAAAUCAUCAUAACUUCACC